UCACUGCGUAACUUACGCCUAUUCUGGGAAUCACGUAACCUAGGCAACGGACGUAUCUCGGGCCAGGGCCGCGCGCCGCGCUACGCCAGGUGCCUAGAGUUUAGGCUGAUUCCGUAGAUGCGGCCUGCUUCGCGUGUCCGGCAGCAGCUCGGUUGAGCUGACGGCGUUGACACCAUGCAGGACGAAUCGGGUGGAAGCAGCAGCGCAGUCCUGCCGGGGAGGUCGCUGAGUGAACCUGCGCGAUUCGCCUACGCUGGGCUGUGCGGCCUGUCCCUGGCGCAGCUCUACCCAGAGGAAGGACAGAGGGAGUUCUGCAGGAAGUUUGUGGAGGAUCUGGUGCAAUGGCUGGACCUUUGCCCUUCAGUCAUCCCCGCCAUGGAGGCGUUCGCCAGUGGCCUGGGCAGAGAAGGAACAGACACGUUCAGUCAGGUUCUCCUGGAAGAUUCGGCCAUAAAGACCAACCCGACCAUAAUCAUUCAGGAUCUGGUGUCGUUCUGCCUGCGAGAUGGUUACUACGACUCCCGGAGCCGAGUACUAAUCUCCCACGUCUCCUGGUUGCUUCGUGUCCCCCGGGAAACCAUGGAACUGAGCGAGGACUCCAUGAUGAAGAGUCUGAAGAAAUAUACAGAGGAGCCCUCAGAGUCAGUGCAGGCAUCUCGCAGGAAGAAGGAAAGUCGGAAGAAGAUGACGAGAUAUCUGCUCAUAGGUCUGGCCACGGUGGGCGGAGGGACGGUUAUAGGUUUGACCGGGGGACUAGCAGCUCCGCUUGUAGCCGCGGGAGCCGCCACCAUCAUUGGAAGCGCUGGGGCUGCUGCUCUGGGGUCCACCGCUGGCAUUGCUAUCAUGGCGUCUCUCUUUGGGGCAGCGGGAGCCGGGUUGACAGGGUAUAAGAUGAAGAAACGUGUUGGAGCCAUAGAGGAGUUUGAGUUUUUACCACUGACUGGUGGGUUUCAGCUCCACAUAUGCAUCGCCAUCACUGGGUGGCUCUCCACUGGAAAAUAUGGGAGUUUUGCUGCCCCGUGGCAGAGUCUGCUGCACUCUACUGAACAGUACUGCCUGGCAUGGGAGUCUAAAUACCUCAGGGAGCUCGGAAACGCACUGGAUACCUUACUCAAUGGUUUGGUGAAUAUUGUGGCGCAGGAAGCACUGAAAUACACCAUCUUAUCAGGCAUAGUGACAGCCCUUACAUGGCCGGCCUCCCUCAUCACUGUGGCCAGCGUCAUUGAUAACCCCUGGGGUGUGUGUCUCAGUCGGUCUGCUGAAAUAGGAAAACAUCUGGCACAUAUACUGCUGAGAAGGCAGCAGGGACGGCGGCCGGUCACACUUAUCGGCUUCAGCCUGGGGGCUCGGGUCAUAUACUUCUGUCUGCAGGAGCUGGCACAGGAGGCAGGUGCUGAAGGGAUCAUUGAGGACGUUGUGCUGCUGGGAGCCCCCGUAGAAGGCGAUGUGAAAAAAUGGAAGCUGUUCACACGCGUUGUAGCCGGUCGGAUCAUCAAUGGCUACUGCAGAGGCGACUGGCUGCUCAGCUUUGUGUACCGCAGCUCUUCUGUGAAGCUAAAUGUGGCCGGAUUACAGCCCGUGGACCUGGAUGACCGCAGAAUGGUUAAUGUGGACCUUUCUUCAGUGGUGAACGGACACCUGGACUACAUGAAGCAGAUGGACACAAUUCUGAAGGCCGUGGGCAUUAAGACUAAGGAGUGUCGGCUGGAGGAGCAGAACGGACUUCUCCACGCGCCGGCGGGAUUCCUCGCUCCGAGCACUGAGCUGGCGGAAGAAACACGCAGCGUGGAGGACGUUUCACCAUGGGACUGGGAGCCGGUCACAAUGGCAGCUGACUUACCCCCUACUUCCUGCACCCGGUGCGGUACCGCGCAAGCGGAAGAAGCGUUUUGUAGAGACUGCACUAACAACAACAUAGCCACAAAAGAUCCAGACGAGAGCUGCACUCUGCACCCUCUUAAAGAGACAGAACACGACCCAGGGUUCAGCUGCAGUUCUGUAGGGUGAUCCAGACUCCAUGCGUUAGAUACUGUGAUACACGGAGACUGUCCAUGACCCGUCACCAGCGGCAGGCAGGACAGCUGACAGGCUGCCUCCGGGGAUGGCAGGAUGCAGUGUAUCCUCCCGGAGGUAAAGCUGGUCACAUGACGCUGUGCUGGGGAUUUAGCACCACUGCCUGAUAAGUGAAGGGGGCGCACAAUCCCCCUACUGCCAUUAAAAAGUGUAGAAAAAACGCAUCCAUAAUCCGCCCUCUUGUGUGAAGCUUUAUAAUGUCGUAUUCGGCCACAGGUGCUCAGAACAAUUGUCACCCAGCCUUCUAUAGAAUCAGCUGAGUUUUUAUAUUUCUUUAUUUAACUUUUUAUCUUUAUUUUUUUUCUAUCUAUCUAUCCACUCCUCAACAGUGAAAUUGCAACACUGAGAAGUUCAUGUUGUAAGCUUAUGCAAAACGAGGAAGUAGUAGGUGUCGCUAAGAUCUGCAGAUUAUUACAUUUUCCAGCACCUAGCUCCAAUUUCUGGCAUGGGGGGGGGGUGUAUAAAAGCCAGAUUGAAGUCAGUUUUUUAAACACUUGAAAUCUCAAAACUCUAAUCAAGAUAUGUGGAAUGAUUGUACGAUGCCUCCUGUCCACGUCAUGCCAGUUAUGUCAGCACUGUUCAACAUUGUGUGUCUCGGUGGAGAACAUCUGCACGGACGGGUCGUCUGAUUAGAAGAAUGGCGUGUAGUGAUCCAUCCUGUACUGAACUGGGCGUAACAUCCCAAGCCUAAGGCAGCAAACAGUGACUACACAAACCAUCAGAAGGCACCUACACAACAUUGGACUAUGAGCCAGGCGUCCAGCUACGGGUGAUCCACUUACCUCACUCCACCGCUCUCAGGACUAUCAUGGUGCACAGCAAGAUGUCAAUGGAGGUCUGUCCUCUUCAAUGAUGAGACCUACCUUUGUCUCAGACGCAGUGAUAGCCGGAGUUUGGUCUGGAGACCAUUUGGGCAACGCCAUGAAGAAGUCUUCACAAAGGAACGUCACACCGAUCCUACUCCUCGGAUUAUGGUGUGACAUGGCAUUUCAAGUACUCUAACAGAUCGGCAUUCGGGCUCAUUCACACGGCCAUUCCAUGCAUUGGAGGCCGCAAUUUGCGGUUCCCAAUUACGGGCGCCAUUCGUGAUCCGUCCGCAAGGAUUUUUGCCAACACAAGCAAAGCUACAUUUUGGCACCCCCCUCGCAGCUCACCUGGCCCUGGUCCCGUCUGCAGCAGCUGGCUUCGCCUUUGUGUGGUCCUGGUAUAUUCUCAUUGCUU